CCAAACAAAACUGAACCUGCGGCGUAGAGCAUGAGUUUCGAGGAAAAGAAAACUCUCCUGUUUUCAUCGUUGGAGACAGCUGAACAGGCUAUUGCGUCCGAUUCGGUCCUGCAUCAGAAUGUGAGCGAAACCGACUACAGCCUCGAUCGCAGCGGUGGAACCAGCUCGUUGAAACAUAUCAGCGUCGAACGAUACCGUGGCCGGGAGAGCAUAUUCAAGCGUCCGAAUGCGUCCAUUUCACAAUGCCUGAAGAGGACUCGGCUACCGGACUAUAAGCGCAACCCGCACAAAUGGGUCAAAUACACACUGGAAGAUGUGGAUAUGUCCGACCGGACCAACACAGCGGCUGCAUUUUCAUUCCUGAAGCAGAUGGAGGAACAACGCGAGACGUCCGAAAGCGGCAACACCCCGAACGAUGGCUCAAACCCCCGGAAAAGCGAGUUUUGCAAGUCCCUGGUACGCUUCAAUCGAUCCGUUCGACUGCGCGGCCAACUACAGGAAGCGGAUGAACCGACGGACACUCCUGCGGAAGAUAAACCCCAGUACAAUGGGCGGAGAGUGCUCAUGCCAGAGUAUGUCGUUGGUCAGAAAGAUACGAAGAAAGCGAAGCGUACGAAUCAACGCAAACCUGUGUCGGAAACGAAGAAAAAUAGCGAGCUCCAUUUGGACCAUUUGAUGGAAGAAAAUGAAAAUAAAGACGAGGAAGACGUUAUUGAGUAA